UCUGUUUCAUUAUCCGAAAACAUAAUCAUGAGCGGACGCGGCAAAGGAGGUAAAGGACUCGGUAAGGGAGGCGCUAAGCGUCACCGUAAAGUUCUCCGUGAUAACAUCCAGGGAAUCACCAAACCCGCCAUCCGCCGUCUGGCUCGCCGUGGUGGCGUGAAGCGUAUCUCUGGUCUGAUUUACGAGGAGACUCGUGGUGUGUUGAAGGUUUUCCUGGAGAAUGUGAUUCGUGAUGCCGUCACCUACACCGAGCACGCCAAGAGAAAGACCGUGACCGCCAUGGACGUGGUUUAUGCUCUGAAGAGGCAGGGCCGCACUCUGUACGGCUUCGGAGGUUAAACCGGGACCAACACAACCAGCAAACUCCAAGGCUCUUUUAAGGGCCACCCACGUUUCUUGAAGAGCUGAUCACUAAUAUAGAAAAGAUGGGAUUUAUGGCUCUUUCAAAGGAUCAGCUCCCUUCAAACAAGUCAUUCAAGACUGACUUGUUCUCACUUUGUCAUAUUGUGAAUUUUGUAAGAAUCAAUAUGUAUUAAAAUCCGCUAUACAUGAUUUAAAAAAUGAGGAAAAUAUAAAGGAUAAACCUGAGCAGUCAAUGCAAAUUCUAGUAAAUGUGUCAAAAAGAUUUUGAUUGUUUUCAUUCUUAUGCUUCCACUUUGUAUCUAAGGCUUGUUUUAUUGGACAAUGAGAUACACAUGAAUAUUUUUAAUCAUGUCAAGAACUUUGUGUUGCAUAUGGCAUGAAAAGCGCUUUAUAAAGUUUGAUUAAGGCAGUGUCAAAUGUGUGUAAAAAUGGCUCACAAAUGUACGACUCACAGCUGUGUCGGUUCCCAUCGUUUUAAGUCAUUCAAAAGAAUUGAUUAGUUUGUGAAUGUCACAUCUCUAUAAUAGAAGCAAAGAAGACAGAAAUGUUAUUUUGAAUUACUAUAGAGUACAUAUUUAAGUGAAAAAUCCAUUAGAGCAAUGACAUUGAAAAAUUGCAUCUUUGAAAUGUACUAGCUGCUGGAAAGCUGAUGCUGAGCAGUUUACCUUUUUCCUUUGUCUAAUUUCAGAAUUAAAUUUUUAAAUCAUUUUA